GGGCUCCAUACCAGACGUACCGGCAUGUAGGGGCCCCCGCGGGGGGCGGCCGCGGGUGCGGCCCGCGACGCGCGGAGCCCAUGCCGCCGGGCGCGGCCACGCGUCCCCGGCGCAGGGCCCCGCGGCCGCUGCUGUGGGCCUGGCUCGGCUGCUGCGCACAGCUGCCGUACCGCGCGGCCGCCCUGGCGGCCGCGCGCGGCGGCGAGGACCCCCUGGGCGCCAGCCGCCCGCCGCGACGCCGCGCUCCUCGCCCGCGCCGCCACGGAGGACCCGAUGCGCGCCGAGGAGAGGGAGAGGACGCCGCGAAUGCCACGUCGGCUGCCGGCGUGGGUGCGGAGAUGGAGCAGGAGCCGCGACAGCGUUUCAACCCCCGAACCGUCCACGUCGCGUACGCGACCACGCCCGACGGUUUCCCUGGCCUCUUGCACAGCCUGAACUCGCUCGCGCGGAACGUGCCGAGCGAGGAGAGCCUGUCGGUGCACGUGGUGGUCCCGCAGGAGCACGUGGGCAGGGCCAAUGCGGUGUUGGGCUGCUUCUCCGAGGAGGUGAAAGACCUCCCCCCACGAGAUCUGCGCGUGCAGGUCUAUCCGAUGAAGAAGCUGGGUUUCGACACGAGCCCGAUGCUGAACACGACCAGGGGCUGGAUGCGCAGCUGGGGGAACCUGAGGCUCAGCCGCCCCACCGUGUUCGCCCGCUUCUACUUGCACGAGAUGCUCCCGCGCGAGGUCGAGAGGGUCCUCUGGCUCGACGUGGACACCAUCGUGAAAGGUGACGUCGGCCCCCUCUACAGGAUGCGCAUGACCAGGCCCGUCGCGGCCAGGAUGCCCGGGAGCAACAGGACCGUCGGGGCGGCCUUCCCGCGCUGGUCGUGCGUGCAGCACCUGGAUCCAGCCACCAGCUUCGCCUACUUCUCGGAGGCUGCCAGAGCACCCGAGCCUCAACACGGGCGUUAUGGUCAUGAACAUGUCCUGGUUCCGAGCCGAGGACUUCACUCGGCCGCUGGAAAAGGCCGCCUACCGGUGCACCACGAACGACCAACCGUCCAUGAACAUCGUCUUCAUGGACCGCGGCGUCGAUUUCUUCAACCGCACCUUCAACGUGAUGUCCAUGGGCAACCCUGGUGUCAGGAAGCGGCGCUGGCCCGAGGACGCGGUGAUCCUGCAUUGGCAGGGACCGGUAAAGCCGUGGGAGCAGCCAGAGAAGUGCGACCAGAACGCCACCUUGCAGGCCAUCCGCUCAGCGUCGCGCGGUCACUUCAUCACGGCCCGAUCUGGUCCCUCAUCCUCGGCCUCGACCUCCAGAAGUCCCUCUUUGGGCCUCCCCAGAGGCCCGAAGGAUUCCGGAGGCCUCGGGGGGCCUCGAAGGCUGUGGGAUGCGCAGUGGCCAUUUUCAGGGGCCUCGUCGUCGAUCGCGGGGCCGCGUCCAGCAUCCGCACUCCACACUCUGCCAGCGAAUGAUACUACGGCAGAAGAGCAUUAUAACACCC